AUGGGAGGCUCAUUUUGGGAGGACGCAGAGGGCCCCAGGGAUUUCUUCUUCGAUCCGAGCCUCCUGCCCGUCCUCUCGUCGGGUGUCGCCCCCGGAGAGAUGGUGGAGGCCGUGCUGCGCGGGGCCGGAGCCAACGAGCUCGCGUACCUGGCCGGCCUCUCUGCCGCGGGCGCUGCGCACUACUGCACCGUGCCGCAGACGCUCACGGGUGCGGGUCCGCUGUUCCGGGGCACCGUGAAGGACUUCGCCGAGCAGAACCCGUUGCUCCGGGAGCAGAUGCGCAACGUGGCCAAGAGGUGCCAGCGGUGCGGGAAGUCCAACGCGACGAUCCUGCCGUUCUGCAACGGAUGCGGCAACGAUCUGAGUGACGCCCCGGAGGAGUACACCGAGAACGUCUGCAUGGGCUUCAUCUACGGGGUCGAGAGCACCGACCGAGGGCCACUCGGCCUCUCGAUGCGCUCCGAGGACGGACAGGUGCUCGUCUACGACGACCUGCUGGCGCGGGGCUCCUGCCACCUGAAUGCCAUACCGGCCGAGUUCCACCUCCCCGAUUGGCGGUACCUCCUCCGGAGCCCUUCCAGGGGCCUCGCACUCAUGGCCCGAUUCGAGGAGGCGUGCUGGAAGGUCACGCGCGAGCAGUUCUGGGAGAACCGGGCCUGGAGGGAGGCCACCUUCCGGGAGGGUGCCUUUGCCUCAGCAGAGGACUUCCGGAGCCAGAUUUACGCCGGCGUGAAUUCGGUUCCAUCGCAAUUUCAGAUCCAUCUGCAAUACAUCGCGCCGACGAUCACACCAGCCGACUACCAUGCUUUCCUGCUCGGGAAGCGCUUCCUCGUGAACAGGUGGCUGCCCCUGGAGUACAUCACGGAGUCCCUGAGGGCUCUCGCGCAGGCUCCCGCCGGAGCUCUUGCCGACGCGCACCUCAUGAGCAUGGACGCCAUCUUCUUACCAGCCAUCGCCCAGGCUGGAGGGCCCGUGUACGCCGAGGCACACGCCCGGGCCAUCCGGCGCUACAACGCCACCCACAGGAGGUGUGCCAACUGGCGGCCCGAGUUCUUCGACGCCGUGGUCCUCGCCCGGCACCCAGGCCUGCGGCAGGAGCUGCCCGGGGCCUCCUGCGACGCCGCGCCCUCCGCGGAGGCGUCCCCCGUGGAGGUCCGGCCCCUGCGGGGCGAGGACGCGGCGGCCUGGAGCGGGGUGCAGGUGGCGGACCUGGAGAGGCGAGACAAGCAGGCCCUGCAGAGCUACGGCCGGCCCUACGACGAGCACGGGCGGCCGACGGCGCUGUCCUACUACAGCUUCGCCCGCCGGCCGGGCCAGGUGCUGGCGGUCACGCUGAUGUCCAUCGCCAUGGCGCUCGGCCCGCUGCCCGCGGUGCUGCUGCUGGUGGGGCCCGUCCGGCCCGGGAGCAUCGCCUGCCCCACGGCCCUCGGGGUGGGCGUUGCGCACCAGGGCCGCCCGGCGUCCCCCGCCGGAGCGGCGCGCGCCCUCCGCAGUGCGUGCGCGUCCGCCGCGGGCCGCCAGGUCGACGCGGACGUGCAGGCGCUUCAAGUCCGGAUCCGAGCGGUAGCCUGCCUCGAACCUACGCUGCUCAGUCCAAUAGCCUCCACAGGCAAUGAGACGGACCAUACUCGCCAUCGCGCGGUUAUCAUCGGUUUCCAGCCUGGAGGCAAGGGAGACUACAUGCUGCCACCAGACCCCAGCUUCAGAGCCAGCUCCAUCAAGGCGCCAAGCUGCAACACGUCCAGCCUCGAGUGGCUGAGCACCCUGCGCCAGGAGCGGUGGCAGCGCUGCGCGCAGGAGGCCCUCGCGGAGGCCCACGCGGGCGGCGCCCCCGCGGGCGGCAGGGGCCCCCACGCGGGCGGCCCCAGCAGGCGGCUGCUCGCCCACGCGGCGGAGAUCGCCGCGGAGCCGCCUCCGCCCGUGGCGGGCUUCCCCCAGGACAUGCCGCGGCGGACGCUGGGUUGCUCCACGGCCCCGUCCGCGCCCUCGCUCGACGCCCUGCCCGUGCAGACCUCGCUGACGGCCUCCGACGACUUCUCGGACUCCGCUUCCUGCGCGGACAGCCCCAGCGAACCGCGGCGCGGCCCGGCGCCCCUGCGCUUCACCUCGCAGAGCGACGAGGCGGCCGCCCGCCCGGCCCACCAGGCGUCCGCCAAGAGGUCGAGGCACAGGC